AUGGUCAAACAUCACUUGUACAAAUAUGGUUUUUUGCCCAACUAUUAUACAUGGAUUGAUCAUGGAGAAGCGGAUCAAAGUGUGGACAUUGAUGGUCAUUCUAGUAGCGGCGGGAAUGCUGGUCGAGAUAAUACAGGUGAUGAAGAACAAUUUGAUGCAAUGAAUGAAAUGAUCUCUGAUGUUUUUAGGCCAUCUGUUAAUGCCCCAAAUGUGAAUGUUGAUAUGGAAAACGAAAUAGUUAGUGAGGGUGAGGUACCAAAUGAAAAAGCUCAACAAUUUUAUGAUGAAUUGAUCUCUGCAAACCAACCGAUUUAUGAGGGAGCUUCUGAAUCCAGACUAUCUAUUUCAGUUAAGCUGUUGGCUGCCAUGUCUACUUGGCAUGUUCCUCAAAAGGCCAUGGAUUUUUUCUCCCAAAUGCUAAUCGACGUUUGUCCAACUAAAGGAUGCUUACCUGAAAAAUAUUACCAAGUGAAAAAGUUGGUGUCUAAGUUAGGAUUAGAGGUUGAGAAAAUUGAUUGUUGUGUGAAUGGAUGCUUAUUAUAUUUUAAAGAAGAUAGAACUUUAACUCAAUGUAGAGUUUGUGGAGCUGCUAGGUAUGUUCCACGAAAGUGUGGAAUGGGACAAUACAAAGAUGUGGCAGUGAAGAGAAUGUUCUAUUUUCCGAUCAUUCCUAGGUUACAACGACUCUUUGCUUCAAAGGAAUCUACAGCUCAAAUGAGAUGGCAUCGUGAGAACCCCAGUGAUCCAAAUAUUUUACGUCACCCAUCUGAUGGAAAAGCAUGGAAACACUUCGAUGAAGUUUAUCCCGAUUAUGCUAGUGACCCAAGAAAUGUAAGAUUGGGUUUAUGUACGGAUGGGUUUACCCCUUACAUUCAAGCCUCUAGUACUCCAUAUUCACGCUGGCCGAUAAUAGUCACACCCUACAAUCUCCCUCCCGAAAUGUGCAUGACCAAACCAUACUUGUUCUUGACUUGUCUUGUACCUGGACCGUACAAUCCGAAAGCUAAAAUAGAUGUCUACUUGCAACCUUUGAUAGAUGAUUUGCAACGCUUGUGGAGAGAUGGCAUUGUGACUUAUGAUAUCUCUAUGCAACAAAAUUUUGUAAUGAGAGCGCAUUUAAUGUGGACGAUCAAUGAUUUUCCAGCAUAUGGUAUGUUGUCUGGAUGGGGGACACAAGGUAGAUUAGCAUGCCCUUAUUGCAUGGACAGUACAGAUGCUUUCACCUUAAGAUAUGGUGGAAAAAGUUGUUGGUUUGAUUGUCAUCGUAGGUUUUUACCAAUGGAUCAUCCGUUUAGAAAAAGUAAAAAAAGAUUUGCAAAAGACACGAUUAAGAAAAAAAAACCACCAUAUAUGUUUACUGGCCAUGAUGUCUGGGAAGCAGUUCGUGAUUUUCCAAAAGUUACAGACAGUGAUUGGGCCUCCAAAUUUCCAGGGUAUGGCAAAAAACAUAAUUGGAUCAAAAGAAGUAUAUUUUGGGAUCUUCCAUAUUGGAUGGACAACUUGUUAAGGCACAACCUUGAUGUGAUGCACAUAGAGAAAAAUGUAUUUGAUAAUGUGUUUUACACUGUCAUGAAUGAUCCUACAAAAACAAAGGACAAUGAGAAAGCGAGAUUGGAUUUACCUCUUAACUGUUUACGCGGGGAUUUAGAGAUGGUUACUCUACCUAAUGGAAAGAUGGCUAAGCCAAAGAUGGAUUAA